AUGGUCUCUUCGAGUGCCUCGUCUCCAUAUGUUGCAUGGGUUCUUUAUCUCUCUACCUUCUUUUGCUCCACAUUGUUAGCCAUCUGCAAUCAAACUGAAUACGAUAGACAGGCUCUCCUUUGCUUCAAGUCUCAGCUCUCUGGUCCAUCCAGAGCUCUAUCCUCAUGGUCAUGGAGCAACACAUCCUUGAAUCUCUGCAAUUGGGAUGGAGUCACCUGCAGCGCGCGACGCCCACAUCGUGUCGUUGCAAUAGACCUUGCAUCAGAAGGCAUCACAGGUACCAUAUCACCUUGCAUCGCCAACCUUACCUCUCUUACAACACUGCAACUGUCAGACAACAGCUUCCACGGCAGCAUACCAUCCAGGCUUGGUUUCCUGAGUGAACUCAGGAACCUCAACCUCAGCAUGAACUCUUUAGAAGGUAGCAUCCCGGCUGAACUUUCUUCAUGUUCCAAACUAGAAAUCCUAGGUUUGUGGAACAAUGCCAUCCAGGGUGAGAUCCCAGGUAGCCUAAGUGAAUGCAUUUAUCUUCAGGAGAUCAAUCUCAGCAGAAACAAAUUGCAAGGUAUCAUCCCCCCAGCUUUCGGAAACCUUCCUAUGCUGCAAGUACUAGUCCUCAGUAGCAACAGGCUCACCGGUAACAUACCACCGGUUCUAGGCAGCAGCUUUUCUCUCAAAUAUGUUGAUCUUGGCAGUAAUGCUCUCACAGGAAGCAUACCAGAGUCCUUGGCAAACAGUUCAUCUCUCCAAGUGCUUAGGCUCAUGGGAAAUAGUCUUAGUGGAGAACUCCCAAAGUCUCUAUUCAAUACUUCAUCACUUGUUGCCAUUUACCUCCAACGGAACAGCUUUGUUGGUUCUAUACCCGCUGUUACUACAAAGUCCUCCCCUAUUAAGUAUCUCGAUUUAACUGACAACUAUAUCUCAGCAACAAUACCUUCCUCAUUGGGUAACCUUUCUUCCCUACUGAAUCUUCGCCUUACAGGGAAUAAUUUAAUUGGUAACAUCCCAGAGAGCUUAGGUCAUAUACAAACACUUGAGAUGUUGACCUUGAAUAUGAACAACUUGUCUAGCUUAGUUCCACCAUCUAUCUUCAACCUCUCAUCCCUGACAUUUCUUGCAAUGGCAAACAACUCACUCAUGGGAAGAUUGCCCUACGAUAUUGGCUACACACUUCCAAAAAUUGAGGGCUUGAUCCUCUCAUCCAACAAGUUUGUUGGCCCAAUUCCAGCUUCUAUUCUCAAUGCCUACCACCUAAAUACGCUUUACCUAGGGGGAAACAGUUUCACUGGGCUCAUGCCAUUCUUCGGGUCAUUGCCAAAUUUGGAGGUACUUGAUGUGUCAUACAACAUGCUACAACUGGACAAUUGGGGAUUUAUGGCAUCACUCUCGAAUUGCUCUAAAUUGACUCAAUUGAUGCUAGAUGGGAACAGCUUCCAAGGAAAUUUGCCGAAUUCAAUCGGCAAUCUUUCCAAAAAUCUUGAAGAGUUAUGGCUAAGAAAUAACAAACUCCACGGACCCAUACCACCAGAAAUAGGCAAUCUGAAGAGCCUCAGUAUAUUGUUUAUGGAUUACAAUCUUUUCACUGGCAAUAUACCACAAACAAUUGGGAAUCUGAACAAAUUAGUUGUUCUAUCAUUUGCAAAAAAUAAGCUCUCAGGCCAUAUCCCGGAUGUUUUUGGCAACCUACGUCAGUUGACAGAUAUAAAAUUGGAUGGGAACAACUUCAGUGGAAGAAUACCUGCAAGUAUAGGACAAUGCACUCAACUCCAGAUACUAAACCUUGCUCACAACUCAUUAGAUGGCAACAUACCAAGCAAAAUAUUCAAAAUUUCUUCACUUUCUCAAGAGAUGGACUUGUCACACAAUUACUUGUCUGGAGGAAUACCGGACGAGGUUGGAAACCUCAUUCAUUUGAACAGACUUAGCAUCUCAAACAAUAUGUUGUCCGAAAAGAUACCCUCCUCCCUUGGCUACUGUGUGGCUCUGGAGUAUCUCGAGGUACAAAGCAACACCUUUUUAGGAGGUAUUCCACAAUCUUUUAUGAAAUUAGUAAGCAUUAAAAAGAUGGAUAUAUCUAGGAAUAAUUUGUCUGGGAAAAUUCCAGAGUUUCUCAAAUCGUUGAGUUACCUACAAGAGCUCAAUUUAUCCUUCAAUAAUUUUGACGGAGUUAUUCCAAGGGGCGGUAUUUUUGACAUCGAUGCUGCAGUAUCAAUAGAAGGAAAUGACCAUUUGUGUACAAGCGUUCCAAUAGAAGGUAUUCCUUCUUGCCCUGUUUUGGUUGACAGGAAAAAGAAACUCAAGGUCUUGGUUCUAGUCCUAGAGAUACUAAUACCAUCUGUUGUUCUUAUAAUAAUUAUGUCCUAUAUUGUGAGAGUGUUAGUGAGGAAGGAGAUGCAAGGAAAACCAAUGAGCCAACUUAUUAGUGAGCACAUAAAGAACAUAACAUAUCAAGACAUUGUAAAGGCUACAGAUAGAUUCAGUUCUGAAAAUUUAAUUGGGUCGGGGUCAUUCGGGAUGGUUUAUAAAGGUAAUCUAGACCCUCAAGGAGAUGAAGUUGCCAUCAAAAUAUUUAACCUUAGUAUUUAUGGGGCACAAAGGAGCUUCGAUGUGGAGUGUGAAGCCCUAAGAAACAUUCGUCAUCGAAAUAUUGUCAAAAUCAUCACUCUCUGCUCUUCUGUGGAUUCUAGUGGGGCAGAUUUCAGAGCCCUUGUGUUCCAAUACAUGACCAAUGGGAACUUGGAUGCAUGGCUACAUCCGAAGGCCCAUGAACACUCUGAGAGGAAAACUCUGACUAUUAACCAAAGAAUCAAUAUAGCCUUGGAUGUAGCUUUCGCUUUGGAGUAUCUCCAUAACCAAUGUGCAUCUCCACUAGUACAUUGUGACUUGAAGCCAAGUAAUAUCCUGUUGGACCUUGACAUGAUUGCUUAUGUCAGUGACUUUGGCCUAGCAAGAUGUCCAAACAUUACAUCAAAUGGAAAUGAAGGGCAUUCAAAAAGCUUUACUUUCCUAAAAGGAUCGAUAGGAUACAUCCCACCAGAGUAUGGUAUGAAUGAAGUGAUAUCAACCAAGGGUGAUGUCUACAGUUUCGGUGUGUUUCUGUUAGAAAUGAUAACGGGGAGUAGGCCUACUGAUGAAAAGUUCAGUGACGGCACAAACCUUCAUGAACUUGUUGCAAGUGCUUUUCCUAAUAAUAUCUACGAGAUAGUUGAUCCCAGAAUGUUACAAGACGAAGUCAACGUAACAACAGUGAUGCAGAACUGCAUCAUUCCAUUGGUCAGAAUAGGUCUCUGCUGCUCCGUGGCAUCUCCUAAGGACCGAUGGCAAAUGGGACCAGUGUCUGCUGAACUCCUUAAGAUCAAGCAGAAAUUCUCAACCAUACAUGGUGUAAAGCAUCAGCAAGAUCAGUAGUGUUCUAUUUAAAAAUGGAAGUGGCUGUGCUGCUGAGCUACCUUCACUUUGUAAGUUUGUUCUUGCAGAACAAUUAAACUAUUUUAGGCAGAGUUC